GUAUCUGUACUACAUUUAAGUGACUGAUGUGUGUUUGCCACCUCUGUCUAUCUCAAAUUCACACACACAGACAAAAAUGCAAUAGACACCUUUGGCAGAUCAGAUUCCAUGUCCCCAGUGCACACACACACACACACACACACACACACACACACACACACACACACACACUUUUCUGACUAAAAGACAAAAACACUCCCUCACUUGAUGCUGAGCAACAGGCAGGGUGCAUACUGCGUGUCUCUGAUAUAAUCCUGUCCAGCAUCUAACAUCUCCUCAUUUCUGCUACACCUCCCACAACCUAACUCCAUUUAUAAACGGCCAGAAAAAAAGAAGGACUCCCAUUCUCUGAGAAACCGAGGCAAAGGGGAACAGAGGGAAUGGGCCUUUAAUUUGAUUAAUUUUCAUAUUAUGAACAGUGUGAAGGAAAUAUAGCCACAGAAUGGGUGGUCUGUAUUGCCUUCAGUUUCAGACUGACACCAGAUGCUUAAACUAACAGAACAUGAUGGUUGGCCAUUCUCUUUCUGCUAAUGCUUACUUAAUUUCUCGACCCAUCUACUCCAAACGAGCCUUCGAUGAGGCACAUGAGAAACAGAUGCUGGAAAGUAAGACCUUCAAGGAGAAAUUCAGUUCUUCCUUUAGAUGCUCUAGCAACCAGGUAAAGCCUGCUCUUAAGGGACUUUUUCCAAUCUUGGAUUGGCUGCUCAAGUAUCCAGUAAAGCUGUGGCUUCCUAGUGAUAUCAUAUCAGGAGCCAGCACGGGAUUAGUGUGCUGUUUACAAGGCUUGGCUUAUGCAUUGCUGGUAUCUGUUGCCCCUGUAUAUGGGCUCUAUGCUGCUUUCUUUCCAAUCCUCACCUACUUCUUUCUGGGAACCUCCCGACACAUAUCUGUUGGUCCAUUUCCAGUCACCUGCCUGAUGGUGGGCUCUGUGGUUUUAACUCUUGCACCUGAUGAGCACUUCAUUCGUCCUGGAAAUGGGAGCACUGUAAAUGGUUCAUUGGUGGGCACAGAGGAAGUAGAUAUUAUUGCAAUGGAGGCUGAAAGAAUUUCAAUAGCCACAACCAUGACUGUACUAGUUGGAUUGUUUCAGUUGGCAAUGGGGAUGCUUCAUGUAGGCUUCUUGGUGCGUUACCUGUCUGAUCCACUGGUAGGAGGCUUCACCACAGCGGCAGCUUUCCAUGUGUUCAUCUCUCAACUUAAAAUGGUUUUGUCUGUUCCCACACACAGCCACCAUGGCUUCUUCUCAAUUGCCUAUACUCUCAGUGAUGUGUUUCAGAAUAUUAAGCAAACCAAUUUGGCUGACCUGGUUGCUGGUUUACUGACCAUAAUUAUAGUGUUGGUAGUAAAAGAGGUCAAUGCCAAAUGUCAGCAUAAGAUUCCAGUGCCAGUACCCAUUGAAGUGAUUGUGACAGUGAUUGCUGCAGGGAUCUCCUAUGCAGUGGAUCUAAAAUCCCACUAUGGUGCCAAUAUUGUUGAUGGUAUUCCAAGAGGGUUUGUUCCAGCACGCUUUCCAAGUAUAACGCUUUUUGGGGAUAUUGUGGGCUCCAGUUUUUCUACUGCAGUGGUGGGAUAUGCAGUAUCAAUAUCAGUGGCUAAAGUUUAUGCAACAAAGCAUGAUUAUAAAAUUGAUGGAAAUCAGGAAUUGAUAGCAUUUGGAAUUAGCAACAUUUUCUGUGGCUGCUUCUCAGGCUUUGUGGCUACCACUGCACUCUCACGUACAGCAAUACAGGAGGGCACAGGGGGAAAGACUCAGGUAGCAGGGUUGAUCUCAGCUCUGAUAAUGCUCAUAGUAAUAAUGGGCCUUGGGCCUCUACUGCAACCACUGCAGAAAUCAGUGUUGGCCGGCAUAGUCAUCGCCAACCUGAAGGGCAUGUUCAUGCAACUCAAAGAUAUGCCCAUAUUGUGGAGGCAGAAUAAGACAGACUGUUAUAUUUGGGUGUUUACAUGCAUUUCCUGCAUCAUGCUGGGGCUGGAUGUGGGUUUGCUGACUGGCAUAGUGUUUGAGCUGGGAACUGUGCUGGUCAGGACACAGUUCCCUUCCUGUAUAACCCUUGGGAAUAUACCAGGCACUGAUAUCUACAAGAAUAUGAAAGACUACAAAAAUAUUAAUGGGAUAUCUGGAAUUAAAAUUUUCAAAUGCAACUCACCCAUAUAUUUUGCCAAUAUUGACUACUUCAAAGAGCAGUUACGAGAUGCUGUUGGAUUUGAUGCUGUGCAGGUCUUUAAAAAGAGGAACAAAGCAUUAAAGAAGAUUCACAAACUAGUUAAAAAGGGGUCUCUGAAAGUCACAGAGAGUGGUUUGGUGUCAGUGGACCCUCUAGGUGUGGUUAAUGAGGGAUAUAUAAGGGAGCGGGACCCUGAGCAGGUGGAUGGUGGACCACAGCAGGAGGUGGAGGAUGGGAGUCGAACAGAUGUCGUUGUAGAGGUGCAAGUGGACUGGACAGCUGCACUGCCGGUAAACGUGACAGUCCCUACAGUUAGCAUCCACAGUUUAGUGUUGGAUUUCUCUGCUGUCUCAUUCCUGGAUGUGAUGGCGGCAAAGUCCCUCAAACUGGUCAUAAAGGAAUUUAUACGCAUCGGUGUCAGCAUCUAUAUUGCCGGCUGUGAUGAUGAUACUGUCAGGAGGAUGGAGGCCCUGUGUUUCUUUGAUGAAGUGGUUACCAGAGACUUGCUCUUCCUCUCUGUUCAUGAUGCUAUCCUCUUUAUCAAGCUGGAAAUGUCCACUAGUAGUAUAUCAGACCCAAUGGUAGAUAAGAUAUCUAAGAUGCAGGAUGACAAGGCACCACCACCGUUCAUUGAAGAUGAAAACCAGAUAGAGACCUAUGACAACCAGCACCUGGCUAUUCAUGAACUCUCAGUCUGAGCAAAUUACUUUUGUUGUUGAACUCACUGAUGGAGAAGGUGCACAGUUCCUACUGACUCAAGCUAUCAUCAAACAUCAUUAAGCAUCGCUCCUUAUAAUAAACACUCAUUUGCCUCAUUAGUUAAUGUUGUGACUAGAUUCAUUGCGCAUUACAGCAUUUGAACUGAAACAGCAGCAGUGACAAAAACCCAAAACUACCCAAAGUGUCUUAAAGAGAAAUGCUUGCUAACAACACACUGGAGGAUGUUCACAUAAAACUGGCUGCUUUCCCUGUCCUACAGUUUUAAAGAUGAGAAGGACUGAUUACCUUGAAUGAACCCAAGAUAAGUGACUAGACCAUUACUCUGUAUAUGUGUAACUUCACCAUUUAUAGCCUUAAUGUAAGAAUUGAAUACAUUUCAUAGCCAAAUAGAAGUUUCAGUAAAUAAAACCAAGUUUAAUUUGGUAAUAAAGACAGAAUGCAAAUUG